UCUUUUAGGUCCAUCUCCCGGCCAUACGGUACAAUCACCGAUGGCCACUCGGGUAUCUGCAUUCCCUAUUAACCCCCUUCAUCGUCAAUCAGAACCGGUAAAUGCCACCAAAGCGUCCGAGGCGGCCGGCUAUAUGCCCCCGCUCUUCCCCACGGAGCUUGGCCAACCUGUUCUCCUGCAAGCGGUAGCCGACACCGCGGCCGCAGCGAAGGCUCUCGCUUCAGCUUCCAGUGUAAAGAAACUGGAAUUACCUCAAUUUUUUGGUAACACGCUGCAAUGGUUACAAUUCAAACGUAUAUAUAACGUAACUAAAAAUAACUUUUCUCCUCUAGACAACAUAAAUCGGCUCCACAAUGCGCUCCGCGGCCCCGCCCGGGACGCCGUCGCGGCGCUGCUGAUGUCCACGGAGGACCCGGAGGAGGUGAUGCGCGCUCUCGAGGACAACUUCGCCCGCCCCGAGCUCAUCGUCUACAAAGAGGUCAAUUCUUUAAAAAACCUUCCUCGCCUGGGAAACGACUUGAAAGAACUAGGAGUACUGUCGAAUAAGACUUGGAGAUCUAACAUUGAUUGGGACACCGAACUCCCACAGACCGAAUCAUCUAAGUGGUUUGAAUGGUUCCAAGAACUUUUAAAAGUUUCUUCGUUGAAGAUCCCGCGUUGGUAUUCAAAAAUAAAAGGCUCGGAACCUUCAUAUCGAGAACUGCAUGUUUUUGCGGAUGCGAGUGAGCUUGCCUACGCCUGUGUCGCAUAUUGGCGCUUAGUGUACCCUGACGGCAGCAUCGAGCUCAUUCUCAUCGCAAGUAAAACGAGGGUCUCCCCACUUAAACCUAUAUCUAUCCCGCGAUUGGAGUUACAAGCCGCUUUGAUAGCUUCUCGAUUAGCACUCGUUAUCAAGGACAGCCAUCGUAAAAAACCAACACGUACAUAUUUUUGGACCGAUUCGAUGACUGUCCUCCAAUGGUUGCGUAGUGAUGCACGAGCGUUUAAGCCUUUUGUUGCCCACCGCCUAGGUGAAAUAUUAGAAAAUUCUGCUGUCAAAGACUGGCACUGGGUACCGACAGACUUAAAUGUGGCUGAUGACGCAACUAGACUUCGUCCAAUUAUUCUAACCCUUUCACAUCGGUGGUUUUUUGGCCCAUCAUUUCUUUUAAAGUCCCCCGAGGACUGGCCCACAGAGCCACUUAAUGUCACAUCGAACCUCGAAGAACUUAAAUGCCAACCAAUUGAGUCGGUGGCGGAUGUCGCCGUCGACGGAUACGUCUGGAAGGACAUCAUACUUGCUAUAUAG